GUUGGAGGGAACCUGCUGCAUCAUGUUUGGGUGGAGGUGAGGUCGCGUCUGCGGCUGCGUGGCUCGUGUCUGAGCGCUGAUGGCUCCGCAGGUUCUGCUGUAUUGGCCCAAUGUUGUUGGAUACACCAGGAUUCUGCUGCUGUCUGCGGCCUGGGCCGUCCGGGGGACACCAGGGGCCUUCGUCCCCCUCUACCUGCUGAACACGGCCCUGGACGGGGUGGACGGCUGGCUGGCGCGGCGGCUGGGCCAGAGCUCCCGGUUGGGGGCCUGGCUGGACGUGGUGGUGGACAACCUGGGCAGAGGAAUGCUGUGGAGCCUCCUGUACGAGUGGGGCUGGCUGGUGUCGGCGCUGGAGUGGUGUGUGUUUGUGUGCAACCACAGCAGCAGAGGGGAGCGCUGGAAGAGCAGCUUCAGCAGCAGUCCCCGGAUCAUCCGGGCCGUCAUGGCCAACGGGUUCCAGACCCCGGUGGGGGCCUGGGUGGUGGGGGGGCUGCACGGCCUCCCCGUGUGGCUGUACCUGCAGCAGCGGGGGCUGCUGGCCCGCUGCUUGCUGCUGCCCCCGGGGGCCCAGGCCGGGGGGGCGCUGCUGCUGGCUGGGGGCCGCCUGCUGGCUCUGGCAGCAGAGGUUUGGUGCAUCUGGAAACACGUGGAGUUCCUGAGCAGAGACGAGCCCGGGGAGGAGCCGGAGCCGGCUGCUGCUGCUGCUGCUGCUGCUGCUGCUCGAGAUACACGCUGAGAUGCACAAACAACACAGGGGGGGGGGUGUCUUUUAGAGAAAAGUUUAUCUCCAACCAAAGCAGAGCAGUCCUGGGAAUGUUGGUGAAAAUAUUUGCACUCCCACCAGAUUGUUGUUGACGACCUCUGAUCCACUUCCUGCUCAAGUUCGGCUGGAAAAGAGCCGGCGGAGGAAAGGGAAAGACAGGAAUGACUUCUUUGUAAAUAACUUGUUUGGGAUAUGAUGUUUGAAGUCUUAAGGAAAGGAUUUGCAUUUCUAAAAUGUCUGUAUUUGAAAUUCAUUCCAUGUGGCUGUAUUUUGGUAGAUUGUUUAGGGAAGGCUGAUGAAAUACAGUGACAUUGGUGUCCAUAGAUUCCUGAAAAACUGAAGUUACUCUUUAGUUUUAACCCUAGUGCUGUCUUCAGGUCAAGGAAGCAGGAGGGGAGGAAAGAAGGAAGGAAGGGAGGGAGGAAGGAAGGAAGG